UCUGACUAAACUUUACGGGGAUAGAAAACGUGGGAGUGGCGCAAGAAACGACGUCGUACUUUCGCCGCCGAUUUGAAAAAUGCUUUUCCGUGCAAAACCGACGGAAGAGAAGAAAAUGAAAUGGUUACCGAAAACGAGAGGAAAGCCAAAGCCAAGAGUCAAGACCCUCUCCUACUUACAAAGGGCCAGCUUCUGUGUUGUCCUAGAUUAUCUUCUGGGUCUCGACUCCUUCAAAACACUUGUGCGCUUCGCUCUCUGCGUUUAUCCUCGAACUCAUAUAGAUUGAUGCUCUCUCACCCUUGCCCACCAAACUCUGCCCAAUUCAAUUCAGUCUCACUCGCUAUCUCUUGUAAAAUGUGUCAAAGAAUAGAAUAGUGAUGGCGGUAGCAGAAGCAAGAGCUGCAUGGCAGAGAGCAGCUAAUCGCUGCUUUUUCCAAGAAGAUGCCAAAAGAGCUCCGAAGUUAGCUUGUUGCCAAUCAUCAUCUUCAGCAUCUAAGCAGGUUGACACUGGACCUACCAAUAAUACAGAUGGGCAAUAUCAUCCUGCCUCUAUUUUUAUGCCUAAAAGGAAUCCUUCGUUUUCCAAUCUUCCCCAGACACAAGAUGUUGGCUCCAAUUGCAACCUAGCAAUGCAAACCAAAAGGGCUUCGUAUGAACAGUCAGUUGCAUUGGAGGCCAAAGUGGUCACCUUAGGAGCUGGCACUGUAAAUUCAACAGCUAAGCUCGAUGAGGUCCACCCUCAAAAAGGGGACAUUAUUAAUGACAAUGAUGAUAAAAACUGCGAGUCCUCUCUUGAUAGGCAAUAUGGUCUCCCUGAUGUUCGUAUGAACAAAGCCGUCGAAGCCAGAAAGGAAGAGGUAAAUGCUUCAUAUUGUAAGAAUGCCGAGGAGUAUUGUGAACUAAUGGAAGUCAGGGAGAGAUACGAACACUUGGAUGUGGAUCCUGAUGGUUGUCCAGUUUCCAAGCAAGCCAAUGAGUGUAGCUUAAAUCCAGAAUCUCCAUGGAUUGGGGAUUAUAAGAGAGGACCGUGGUGGCAAACAACAGAUAAAGAAGAAUUGGCCUUCUUGGUCGAGAAGAAGUCACUUAACCAUAUUGAGAAUUGUGAUCUCCCCCCACCUCAGAAAAUUUAUGUAGGGAAGCACCCAUAUGUUCAUAGUGGCUGCAUUGAUCAUGAUGAAGCAUUGCUGUCAUAUUCUGAUCUGAAGGCCAGAACUGGUAGCAUUUCCAAUAGGACUCAUGCACAGGGCUUUCCAGAUUCCAGGAAAGCAGAUAGAAAUGAGGUGGCUUCAUCUGAAGAAGGGUGUUCACAAUAUGGUUCUGACAAGUCAUUCAGGUAUAAAUUAGAUUACCAUCAUUUUCAUUCUGGCAUGAAAUCAUCCCUUUCUUUCAUCUCACUACUAUUUGCAGAUAUUAGUAAUUGUCUUAUGUUGAUUUUGUUAGUUAAGCUUUUACAUGUGUGUGGGUGUGUCUUAAAAUUUUUGUACACAAUAUCUAGAUUUUGUUCGGUCUUGCAAUUUAAUAGCAGUUAUGGUACAAACUACAAAGAUAUCACGAAGACAUUACAAGUUUCUGAAGGUGGCCCUGAAAAAGCUCUGCUGAUGGAAGCACUCUGCCAUUCUCAAACUCGUGCAAGGGAAGCUGAGAAGGCAGCAAAGCAAGCUGAUGCUGAGAAGGAGCACAUUCUUAAGCUCUUCUUCAGACAAGCCUCACAACUUUUUGCCUAUAAGCAGUGGUUCCAACUGCUGCAGCUAGAAAUUCGUUACAUCCAGAUUAAAAAUACCGACCAAUCAAUUUCCACUCUCUUCCCUGUGGUCCUUCCAAAGAUGGCUUACAAAGGUAGGAAACAGCAAAAGAACUGGCAGAAGGCUACCAAGAGAAGAAGAGUCCAGCGAGGACGACCUAGGCAUGAUAUCAAAAGGUAUGCUGCUGUUUUUGCUUUGGGAAUGAGUCUCGUUGGUGCUGGCAUGCUUCUGGGAUGGACUGUUGGGUGGAUGUUACCUCCUUUCUAGUGUACAGUGUAUCACCUGCGCCUUGUGAAGAUUGAUUUAUAACGGUAAGCAACUGUUUUGAAUAUCUUUUAUACAUUUUUUGUAGAGUUUUAAGUAUACAGAAGUGCAAAAUGAGAUAUGCGAAUAUGUUGGGGUGAAAAUAUUCUGAAUUAAACAUUUCAUCAAGAAAUUUUCAUUGACCCUGUGCA